AUGGAUCCGACACAGUUUAAGCAGUUUAUGGAGUACCAAACAAACUUGUUUUCGAAGCUACUGGAAGGAAUGCAAAUAUCCCAGCAGCAAGCAAACCAAUCGUCGGCACAGAUGCACGGAGAAGUUCGUGCAAGUGUAUCCAAUGUGCAUGUGCCGCAACCUUCACCAUUGAUCGUGGAGGGCGAUAUGCGAGAGAAUUUCGAGUUCUUCGAGAGAAAUUGGAGGGACUACGCGAAGGCCAUCGGAAUGGAUCGGUGGCCCCCGGAGGAAAAUCCUCAAAAAGUAAGCUUCCUGCUGUCGGUGAUAGGGGAACCAGCACGCAAGAAGUACUAUAAUUUCGAGUUGACGACGGCAGAGAAAGCGGAUCCGGAUGCGGCAUUGGAUGCUAUCCGGGCUAAGGUAGUGGUGAAGCGCAAUAUCGUGAUCGACCGACUGGAUUUCUUCUCCGCCGUACAGAAUCCCCGAGAGUCUAUCGAUGAAUAUGCUUCUAGGCUCAAAACUUUAGCAAAAUGUGCUAAUCUUGGUCAGUUGGAAACGGAACUUAUUACCUACAAAGUGGUCACGUCUAACAAAUGGCCUCAUAUGAGGAGCAAGCUGCUGGCCAUUGAGGACGUCACGUUAACAAAAGCAGUGGACAUGUGUCGGGCAGAAGAAAUCACGGCUAUGCGCUCACAGGAUCUUGCGGCUGGAACUUCAGAGAUGGAGGUGAACAAAAUUGAGAAGUCGAAACCCCGUUCCCGGCAACAAGUUCAACGCUGCAAGUUCUGCGGGGAUUCUCACGACUUCAAAAAGGGUACGUGUCCAGCGUUUGGAAAGCGUUGCCACCGUUGCAAAGGAAAAAACCAUUUUGAACGUGUUUGUAAGGCUAGCAAGCACCACAGUCGUCGGAACAGGAAGGUAAAGGAGAUCAGAGAUGAGAGCAGUGACUCGGAUGAAGAAGGCUCAACAUCACACGAAGCCGGAUCGGAGGACAGCGAGGACGAAUACGAAAUUGGGAAAAUUUACGACAAUUCCAGUAAAGGAGGUAGCGUGCUGGCGGAAUUAGAUAUGCAGUUCAGUGAAAAAUGGAGUAAGGUCGACUGCGAGUUGGAUACCGGAGCGAACACAAGCUUGAUCGGUCAUGAUUGGCUGAAAAAGCUUUGCGGAUGCGAAAAGGUUGAACUGUUACCAACAACUCUUCGUCUUCAAAGCUUCGGAGGGAGCCCAAUAAACGUUUUGGGCCAAGUGAAGGUGCCUUGCCGUCGAAAGGGUCGCCGGUAUCUGCUGGUCCUGCAGGUGGUGGAUGUGAGCCACAGACCACUACUGUCGGCGAAAGCUUCGCGAAAGCUGGGGUUCGUGAAGUUUUGCAAGUCUGUUACAUUCAGCAAGCCACAGACAGAACUGGAACUUCUGAAGAUCUACAGAAUCGAAGCGCAGGCAAUUGUGGCUGAACACAGCGAACUCUUUCGAGGAUAUGGAAAAUUCGCCGGAGCAGUAUCUCUAGAAGUCGAUGAUAACGUGCAACCGUCUAUUCAACCACCACGCCGCGUUCCGAUUGCCAUGCGGAGUAAACUGAAAGCAGAAUUGGAGUCAUUGGAGAAGGAUGGGCUGAUCGUCAAGGAGCUGAUGCAUACGGAUUGGAUAAGCAACAUCGUCAUCGUUCAGCGUGGUGAACCGAAAUCUGGAGGCAUUCGCAUAUGCCUCGAUCCGAUACCUCUCAAUAAGGCUUUGAAACGACCGCAUCUGCAAUUCAACACUUUGGACGAGAUUCUUCCGGAGUUGGGAAAAGCUAAAAUCUUCAGCACAGUGGAUGCCAAGAAGGGUUUUUGGCACGUGGAAUUGGACGAACGAAGUAGCAAACUCACAACGUUCUGGACCCCGUUCGGAAGGUAUAGGUGGACACGUUUGCCGUUUGGGAUUUCUUCAGCUCCUGAGAUAUUUCAAAUGAAGCUUCAGGAAGUCAUCCAGGGUCUCGAUGGAGUUGAAUGCCUGGCCGAUGAUCUGCUGGUGUAUGGCAUCGGCGACACACUGGAGGAAGCACUGGUCAACCACAACAGAUGUCUGAAAAAUCUUUUUCGUCGCCUAGAUGAGCACAACGUGAAGCUGAACAAGUCCAAGCUCGUCUUGUGUCAGUCGUCUGUGAAGUUCUACGGACACGUUCUGACAGACAAGGGUCUACAUCCGGACGAAACGAAAAUUACCACGAUUAAGAACUACCCUGUUCCCACAAAUCGGAAAGAAAUCCAUCGUUUUAUUGGGAUGGUCAACUACCUGAGCAGGUUCAUUCCGAACUUGAGCUCUAAUUUGACCAAUCUUCGCAAGCUGAUAUCGGAAUCAGUACCGUGGAACUGGACAACAGCUGAAGACAAGGAGUUCAAAGCAGUAAAGCAGCUGGUUGCUGACGUCCGAACAUUGCGCUACUACAACCCCAAGCAACCAUUAACGAUCGAGUGCGAUGCCAGCUGUUUUGGACUGGGCGCCGUCGUAUAUCAGGAUGAAGGCGUGAUUGGCUACGCAUCCAGGACAUUGACCGCUACAGAACGUAAUUAUGCACAAAUAGAAAAGGAACUAUUGGCGAUUCUUUUUGCGUGCAUUCGGUUCGACCAAUUGGUGGUUGGAAACCCAAAAGUAACGGUGAAAACAGAUCACAAACCACUGAUUAAUGUGUUUCGCAAACCGUUACUAUCAGCACCUAGACGUCUGCAGCAUAUGUUGUUGAAUCUGCAACGAUAUAACCUGGAGAUCCAGUUCGUCACCGGAAAAGACAACGUUGUGGCGGAUGCAUUGUCUCGGGCGCCAUACGAUGACAAGGAUAUGAAGGAAGCAUUUCAAAAGCUGAACGUGUACAAGGUGUUUCGCGAGAUUCAGGAAAUUCAGUUGUCUACCCAUCUUCGCGUAACGGAUAGCUGCUUGGACGAAAUAAUCGAAGAAACGAAAAAGGAUUACACGCUGCAAUCAAUCAUGGACUACAUUCAACGUGGCUGGCCAACAUCAGCAGACCGACUGCCGGACGGUGUGAAAGUUUUCUUCAGUUAUCGCAAUGAGUUGUCUAUGCAGGAGGGCAUCGUGUUCCGUGAUGAUCGAAUUUUGGUCCCUUUCAAGUUGAGGCGAGCUCUAAUUGACAAAUGUCACACCAGCCAUAACGGAAUCGAAGCAACUCUAAAGCUAGCUAGGGCAAACUUGUUCUGGCCCGGGAUGAGCAGCCAAAUCAAGGACGUCGUGAUGCAAUGUGGAGUGUGUGCAAAGUUUGCAUCAUCUCAACCAAAUCCGCCUAUGAUGAGUCAUCGUAUUCCUGUAUAUCCGUUUCAACUGGUGUCGAUGGACGUUUUUUUCACCACGUAUCAAGGAAAAGAUAGGAAGUUUCUUGUGACCGUCGAUCACUACUCGGACUUCUUCGAGAUUGACAUCUUAAGGGAUCUCACACCUGAAUCGCUAAUCGCCGCGUGCAGCAAGAACUUCGCUCGACAUGGGAAGCCACAGGUAAUUCUCACUGAUAAUGGCACUAAUUUUGUCAGCAGAAAAAUGGCCAAGUUCACAUCCGACUGGGACAUCGAGCACAUUACGUCCGCUCCGAAUCAUCAGCAAUCAAAUGGGAAGUCCGAAGCUGCCGUAAAGAUAGCAAAACAUCUCCUGAAGAAAACCGAAGAAACCGGUGCGGAUUUUUGGUAUGCGCUGCUCCACUGGAGAAACAUCCCGAACAAAAUCGGCUCCAGUCCGACCGCCAGAUUGUUUUCCCGGUCCACCCGAUGCAGUAUUCCAUCAUCAGGGACAAAGUUGAUUCCAAAGGUGGUUGAAAACGUUCCUGAAUCGAUAGAGCAGAAUAGGAGGAGGAUCAAAUGGCAUUACGACAAGAAAACGCGAAACUUACCUGAUCUACAGAUUGGCUCACCGGUGUAUGUGCAGCUGAAACCAGAAGCAUCGAAACUGUGGAGCCCCGGCAAAGUUUUGGACCAGCUGAGUGACCGGUCAUAUCUAGUGAACGUGAAUGGGACAAAUUAUCGCCGAAGUCUAGUACAUCUAAAACCGCGUAAGGAACCCAAUACGUCGCCUGACCGUACGCCUAAAUCACUGGGAAAGGAGGAAAAUUGUCACCAGUACCGAAUUCCUAGCAACCACCGAAACAACAACAGUGACCUGCAGAACGGCUGUCAAAACGAAAAUGAUGCGUCGUCGGUAUCGGUGUCGGCGCCGUCGUCGGCGUCGCCAAGGUCGACUGCAGCUGCAGCUGUGAUGACACCGAUGACACAAGAAGGUCCCAUGCAGCAGAGUCGAGAGUCGCCGAAGGGGAUUCGAACGCCAACCGCCAACGUGGGCAGACCAAGACGAGAAACACGACUGCCGGCUAGAUUUAAGGAUUUUCUUAUUGAAUUUGAUUAA